AAAAGAAUCCGCAGCUCUGAGCUCGUCCGAUCCGACAACAUGUAUAAUGACGAAUUGGUGACGGAGAUGAAGAAGAACAUUACAGCAUACGCCUUUCUUAACUUUCUCUAAGGUUUUGUUUCUAUUUCUUUAAAGAUGAGCUCAUCUACUCGAUUUCACCUCUUCAAACUCCGCAAGAGGUUUUGGUGAAGCGCGGAUUUGUUUUGGCGGCGAUGAUUUGCGGAAUUUUGGCGUUGGGGUGCCGGAGAGUUCUUGCAGCGGAAGGGGUUUUGGAUGCUGGUUAUGGAGUUUUUGAGCAGAGUGUACUGGCAUUGAGGAGCUCUUGGCCCAAAGUUUUGCUGGUUCUUCGGCUUUUUAAAGAGCAAGGCUUGGUUUUGGCUGCGCUUUUGGGUCUCUCUGCUUUUUUCUCAAUGGCUGAGACUUCAAUUACCACACUUUGGCCUUGGAAGGUGCGUGAGUUGGCUGAGAAAGAGUCUGAGGAUGGGGUUUUCAAAAUGCUUCGCAGUGAUGUUACUCGGUUCCUAACGACUAUACUUAUUGGCACAACCGUGGUCAAUAUUGGAGCAACAGCACUAGUCACCAAGGCUGCAACAGCAAUAUUUGGUGAAGCGGGUGUGAGUGCAGCAACUGGAGUAAUGACUGUUGCUGUUUUGCUCCUCACUGAAAUUACUCCAAAAAGUAUAGCUGUACAUAAUGCAACAGAGGUUGCUAGAUUAGUGGUUAGGCCAGUGGCAUGGCUUUCCUUGGUAUUAUAUCCUGUGGGAAGAGUUGUUACGUAUCUCUCAAUGGGAAUGCUAAAAUUGCUCGGUUUGAAAGGAAGAAGUGAACCAUAUGUUACUGAAGAUGAAUUGAAGUUGAUGUUACGAGGAGCUGAGUUGAGCGGGGCAAUAGAGGAAGAAGAACAGGAUAUGAUUGAAAAUGUGUUAGAAAUAAAAGAUACACAUGUUAGAGAGGUGAUGACCCCUCUUAUUGAUGUGGUUGCCAUUGAUGCGAGUGCAACACUUGUUGAUUUCCAAAACUUGUGGGUGACUCAUCAGUAUUCCAGGGUGCCUGUUUUUGAGCAGCGUAUUGAUAAUAUAGUAGGCAUUGUGUAUGCAAUGGAUCUUCUAGAUUAUGUUCAGAAGGGUGAAUUACUAGAAAGUUCUGCUGUGGGAGAUAUGGCACACAAACCUGCAUACUUUGUGCCUGAUUCAAUGUCAGUAUGGAAUCUUCUUAGAGAGUUCCGCAUCAGGAAGGUGCAUAUGGCUGUUGUUCUUAACGAAUACGGUGGAACUGUGGGAAUAGUGACCCUUGAAGAUGUGGUGGAGGAGAUCGUUGGUGAAAUCUUUGAUGAAAAUGAUUCGAAGGAGGAAAUCCAGAAAAAAACUGGAUAUAUUGUAAUGCGGGCAGAGGGAAUUUAUGAUGUGGAUGCUAAUACAUCAAUUGAUCAGCUUUCUGAAGAUCUCAAUAUCAAAAUACCGGAGAGUCAUCAGUAUGAGACAGUAUCAGGCUUCAUCUGUGAGGCAUUUGGAUAUAUUCCAAAGACGGGUGAGACCAUAAAUGUGGUACUUGAAAAGGAAAAUCAGGAAGAACACAAUGAUGAGGCAGAAUCUGACCCCACAGCUCAGACUGAAAAGAAUCAAAUUUUUAAGCUUGAGAUAUUAGCUGGAAAUGCCCGAAAGGUGAGUGCUGUUCGAUUUGAAAGGGUACACCAUGAUGCAAUGGAAUCCAAAGAUGUGACACGUUUGGUUUCCAAGAUCAUGAAAAGAAAAUCGACGAGUGAUGAUGAGACUAACCACGAUGAGGUCCCAUACCAGGAGUGGGAAAUGGAUAUGGAUGACGGUGUUUCUGAUAAUUCUGUAAUUUCGAAAUAUGACAACAUUGAUGACUAUCUUAAUAAACAAUAGUUACAUUACGAUAUGUUCUUCCUGUUCUUACACCACCAAUAAGAGGUAAAUGGGAAUAAAUAAAAACGAACAUGUAAAAUUU